AUGACAAGAUCUCCAUCCCCCAAGCGCCUGUGCACCGGUGACAACAAGCGUGAUAAAAACGGAUUGGAAAGAGAGAAGGAGCUGGAAAGGGAAAAGGAAAAGGAGAUACUUGAAAAUUUGCAAAAGGUACAAGAAGUGCUCGAACAGUUAAGAAUUGAGGAGAAUAAGGAGGUCCUGGCCGUUGAGACCAAGUACAUAGUCAAAACGCGUGAUGUGUAUGUCAAGCGCAAUGAGUUGCUGUCUGAGAUUCCCCACUUCUGGAAUCAAGUAUUUCUGAGGCACCCGGUGGUGGGCAACUACCUCAACAUGAAUGACGGGGAGGAGCUCAUGGAAUAUUUGCAGACGUUUGUCGUCUUUGUUGGUAAAAACGGUAGCUUUAAAAUAAAGCUGAUUUUCCAUGAGAACCCAUAUUUCUUUCCUACGAUGCUGUGGAAGCAAUUCGAUUUAUCAAAGAAAGAUGUGAAGGUCAGCGCAUCGAAAAUCACCUGGACGGAGAGGGCUUAUAUGAGAAAGGCAACGGACAACUUUUUCUUCCAGUGGAUCGUCUCGACCGAAGGUGACCAGGGCUUAGCAGAAAUCAUAAAGGAAGAGUUGUGGAAGAACCCUCUCGAGUACUUUGUGACGGAUGAUGAAGAUGAAGACAGUUGUGACAAGGACGAAUCAGACGAGGACGAAUCUGACGAGGUUGAGGACAAAGAUAUAGAGGAACAGGAAGAAGAGGAUGAUGCAGAUGCAGAUGCUGAAGGCAAAAGAAACAAGGAAUAA